GGCCAAGAUGGCGCCCUACAGUACAAAAGUUUUUUGUUUACAUUAAAAACUUGAAAUACUGUCUGCGAUUUGAAUCUUACAAGGUAUUCGACAUACAUUCUGUAUUACAGUGAUAUGCAUUAUAGCUGAAAUAUGGCAGAUGUAAAACGGUAUGGAGGUAGAACCUAUGGCAAAUCUGCACAGCAAGAUACAGCUGCCAGUAAGGCAUUUGAUGAUGUCUUCGCGAAACCAAAACAGGCCAAAUGGGGGAAUGUUUCAUAUGUUAAACCACGAGCAGAAGAUGAGCUCUCUGAAAGAAAGUCGACCAUAGAAGAAGAAAGUGAUGAUCCAUUCAGCUUUGAGUUUGACGGAGACAGAUCCCCGAAGAAAAAGCUUGCUAAAUUGCCACCUAGGACAGUGGUUAUGCAACCAGCAGUUCGAAUCACAUCAGCUGCAAAGAAGCCAUUUAAGACUGAUUGGGAUGAUGACAAUUUUGGAGGAGAAUUUACUGUUAAGAAAUCAAAUAUUCGUCCAUACAGCAAAAGUGCUGGAAGGCAGAUUAAAAAGGGAUCACCAGACAUUACUCAACCAAAGAUGGAGAGGUUUAUAAAAACUGAAAAGCAGAGCAAAGAUUUUCAUUCCACAAAUUCAUCUCAAGGAACGCCUACAACAAGCUCCAGCUCAGAGCCAAUUGAACCAAUAGAGGUGGAUGAUUUAGAUGAUGAUUUGUACAUUGAGCAUGAUGAUGGAUCUUCAAGCUCACAGCCUCCAGUCCCGGAUGAUACCUUGGUUUUAAAAGAAGAGAGCAUUUUCAAUAGACCAAAAAAUCGGGAAUCUCAUCGAAAUGUCACAAAUGCUGCAGGGGAAGAGAUCACUGUAAGGUUUAGAAGUCAGUAUUUGAACCCUGAGGUUUAUUCAAAGUUUACAGAAAAUAUAAAGCCCAGAGAUCCAGUCGGGAGUCUGUCAAACAGCAAAGUUGUACAUAAAAAUGUGUUAAAACAUGAUUCAGGUACUACGCUGAUUGUUGUGUGUUCUCCAAAAGGUGAUCAGGAGCUGAAACAGUCUAAUACACAAACAAAGUAUUUCAAAGACAAUGUUAAAGAUAUAGCAAAGUCCAAGAGAAAAAUGACAAGAGGGAGACCUAAAUCUCCUGAAAAAGAUCCGUUUGACUUAGAUGAAGAUGAUGAAGAAAGCAAAGACUCCCUGGGACCUAUGGAAACAGAAAAUGGUGAAUCUCCUUUUGCUAUUCCCUCAACCGAAGAAAGCCAGCCAAUAUCACAGGAGUAUACAACUCGAAGUGGUAGAGUUACAAAAACUGUAAGAAUUAUUGACCCUCCUCCAAUAAAUCCUGACCCUGUCGAUGUUGAUAAUAUUGUUAAGACUUUGAAAAGCGCGCCUCCAAGAAAGUACCACAGAAUUUUCCGAUCUCGUAACAAAGGGUUCAUGGACCCCAACGCAGUGGCAGAAGAGCAAGAACAAGAAAUCAAAGAUGAGCCCGGAGAGGAGUCAGUUACUGAGCCUAAAGCAGAGACAGAGAGUCCAGAAUCUAUUGCCACUGAAAGUGAAAGCACAGUGAACAGUCAACAGAAUGGAGAGACACUAAGUUUUCAAGAAGUGAUAGAAGAGAGUUCCCAAGAGUCAGAAAGUGCAAUGGAGACACAGGAUAGUAGUCAAGAGGCAGCCCCUGUGUUACAAGUUGUGGGAGAUGAAAGUGAUAUAGACAGCUCACAGAAGUCCACAACUAGUGAAGGCCAAGAAGCAGACAUUGAGCCAUCCUCUCAGGAAUUCCAAGAGCCACAGGCAAAGAAAGCCAAGACACUAAAGACACCGCCUGCUGAGAGGAAAAUAUUCCGGGCUCGAGGCUCAAAAGCUAACACAAAGCCUGGGGCACAGAAGAAGAUCUUUUCUAGUCCGAAAAAGGCUGCGGCCGUGUACAAUGUGAGAUCCUGGCAGGAUGAAGAGGAAGAGGGAAUUGGCCCAGUCUCUGCAGUUCCUACUCUGAGGCCUGUACUCUCUGACAUGGCCCCACCAGCCCCUCCAGAGCCCCCUAAAUUGAAGCCAGCGAUGAAGAAGGCCUCCAGCAUGCCGGCUCGAGCCCAGCCUGAAAUGCCCCGCCUGACAAGGGCUGUACACUGGCAGAGACAUGAAGAUGACGAUGCCUACACAUCAGUGCAUGUUAGCAAGGAACACAAAGAUCUGUUCACAGUUGUUAAGAAUGUGAAAGAAGCACAUGAGUGUCAGGAGCAUGGUGAAACUCAGGAGUUUGACGACGAUAUCGAGUAUUUGUUGGCAGGGAUAGAGUCUGUGGAGCCAAUGUCUACAAGGUGCCUUAGCUGUAUUGGUCUUGCCCAGAAAUCAACAAUUCCUGCAUUCCGAAUGCAUCUGCGAGCUCAUGGCACUGUAGCCAAGAUAUUUGGCUGUCUUCAGGACGCUGCCAGUGACCCUAGCUUAGCACUGUGUACAUCUACGCUGAUGUUUAUGCUGAGUCGAGAUCGACUGAACAUGGACCUCGAACAAGAAAGCCUUAACCUUAUGCUCCGGCUACUGGGAGUCGAUCAACAGGAGGACAUGGUCACCACGCUCAGUCCCGCAGCAGAGCGUGCAUUAAAGCGGAAUAAAGAUCGUGUUUUGGAGGUGUAUCGAGAUUUCCUGCAACAAUCAGGAUCGAAACAGGAGAUAGAUGUAGAGUGCCUCUCGACGGGUAAUUUGGCUAUGGAGUCCUUGUUAAGCUUGACUUCCCGGCGGGCAGGAGAGUGGUUCAAAGAGGAGCUGAGGACAUUGGGGGCCCUCGACCAUAUCGUAGAUACAGUGUGUUCAUGUAUUGAGGCGGUGGGUAACGAGGUCAGCGUUCUUACUAACAGCAAUAUUGAGAACCUGAAGAAAGUUGACAGAUGCUUACGGGUCGUUGAAAAUGUGACUUACAUGAAUGCAGAUAACCAGAACUACCUAAUAUCAUACAAAGACUCAGUGUUAAUACCAUCCCUGGUCAGGUCUCUGAAAGUAUGUCGUCAAUGUCUCUCUAUCUACCCCUUGAAAGAGGAGAAAUCAAGCAGCAAGGUGGACAAGGAAUCGUUUGGCUGGGUCAUAUACAGUUGCGCCUUGGCCAUACUCCGGGUUCUACUUAACCUUACCCAUGAUAAUGAUGUAGGGUGUAUAAAGAUUGGGGAGCAGCCUGUAGCUAUAGAGACAGUGUUACUGUAUAUCCUACAGUCCCCACAACAUGUUCCUGUGGACCUGAGAUUUGAUCUUUAUGUCCUGAGCCUGGGCCUGCUCAUCAACCUGGUUGAACAUAGCGAAGCCAACAGAAGUAGCCUUCUCACCAUGGAAACACAAGGAAUGUAUGAGCAGGCAGUAGAACAAGGGGGCAAGAUGCUGGCUUACUUGUCUCUAGUAGAGGUGUUCAAAAAGAGAGAAGAAGCAGCCCAACAUCUGGAGGAAGCAGAUGACCCGAAAACUCCAGAGAAAGCAUCUCCUAACAAGAGCGGAGAAUGGCAAGAGUCGGACUCAGGAAUGGAGUGGAUUAUUAACUCUGGGAAAAAAUCCGCAGGCAAAGAAGGGCCGGGAAAAUCCAUGGAGGAUGGAAAGGAAAAAGAUCUGGAUGAUGAAGAGACAUUCACAAAAGCUCUCCACAAAGCUGGUAAACACAUGGAGAACAGUAUCGUAGCAGCGUAUGUAGCUCUUUUGGUGGGAUGCCUUAUACAGGAUAAUCAGGAGUACAAGGAAUCUGUUCGCGGUCAGCUGCCUGAUAACAACUUUGAGGGGAUGAUCUUCAUGCUGAAGAAGUUUCUCGGAUUUAUGAACCUUACAAGUGGUACAGAAUCGGCAGGAGGAAAAUCCAUUCAAAAAGUGAUUGAGAUCCUUGAGAAAUGAGAUAAAGUGUGAGAUGAUGUAUAAACACCUUGAGAUAAGUUAUUGGUAGUUUUUUUUUACAGUCAGCAAGAGAUCAAGAUGAGAUAAUGAAUCAUUUGUAUAAUAAACAUAAGUGAGAUAAGUGAUGAGUAGUUUCAACGGUCGGCAAGAGUUUAAGAUGCGAUAAUGUAUCAUUUGUAUAAAUAAACAUAAGUGAGAUAAGUGAAGUGUAUUUUUAACAGUUGACAAGAGAUAAAGAUGAGAUAAUGUAUCAUUUGUAUAAAAAAACAUCAUGAGAUAAGUGAGAAGCAGGUAUAAAUAAACCUCAUAAGAUAAGAGGAAGAAACAAAGCAUAAACAACAUGAAAUAAAUCAGGAACGCUAUAACAAUCAGAAAAAGAUCAGGAGAAUAGUCCAUUAUUAUAUAAAACUCAUGAGAUAUGGAGAGAAGGCAUGAGAUAAAGUAAAUAAUUGUUUAAGACAAAACUUGAGAUAAAAAGUGAGUGUGACAUGACUCAGCUUAAGGUUAAAUAGGAAAUACAUGAGAAAUGAAGGUUUUCUUUUAAUGUGGUAGGUUUUGUUAAGUUAUAUUGAUAACAUUUAUAAAAUAUUAAAAGCUGGCAGUGAUCAUAGUCUGAUUGAGUGAGUGUAACAAAGAUUUGAAACAUUAAGAAGUUGAAUACGAUUUGCUUUGCCUUUUCUAAGUUCGCACCUUUUCCAGUAAUGUAGAUUCCAUUUGUAAACAUCAUGUUGAACAAGUUCUUCCUUCUUAAAUAUGUUCCAAAUGAUUUUUGUUGAUAUCUCAGACUAUAUUUAUUACAAAGUCAAAUUAUUUUUUUUGUGUCAAUGUGACCUGUAUAAAUGUUUGUCUUAUGAACUGAUAAACUGUAAGAGUUGUUUUUUGUGAAUGAUAUGUUUUUCCGCGAGCAUGUUUGAUAAAUCAAUAAGCAUAAAGGCAGGGUCUUUGUUUGUUAUGUAUUAUUAUGUAUUUUGUGCUGUAAAUAAUUAAUUUGUACAGUUACUUUGAAGGUUUUAAUUUCCUUUCACAAAUGCAAUGUUCAAUGUUAAAUGAUUAUCUGGUUAGUAUUUUGCACUUAGUGUACAGUUAGAGGGACUCAUCCACAGAUUUUAGUUUGAAAUAUGAAAUUUUAAAUACAUAUAAUUUGGUUAUUUCACUUUCUUUUUAUAUGAACAAACACCAAACAGCAGUGGGCUGAUACUUAUUUGAUCAGAACUUUUUUUUAAUCCAGAGCUAAAGUCAUUCAAUUUUCAAUAUCGUUACUCAUCCUUUUUGGCAAAAUAGACCAUUUCCUGUCAUUUGUUAAUAAAUGACAACAUGAUGAUUUUUAUCAAUGAAUUUUGUUCUCAUUUCACAUGAAAUUAAAGAUAUGUUGUUGAACCGUCCUUCUAUAUAAAAAGUGAAUGAGUCCCUUUUAAUUCAUAAUUAAAUUGCAUAUUAAAUCAGAUGUGAUGCAAUAAGUUCAUUUGAUUCAUUAAUAAUUUUUUAACUAUUAAAUGCCACCCUUUAAAUGUCGUAAAAUUGUUUCCUUAAAAUGUGUUCUUACUUCUGGUGACGUUAAUUGUUUAUAUUGAGAUUUUUUAAUUUGAUUUAAAAUCAAUUUUAUUUGAACAAAACUGGCCUGUAAUUAGAUGAAUAAUUAUUCACUUGAACUCCAAAAAGAUUACCCUCUGUCCCUAGAAAACGGUUCUGAAAAUUUGCAUGCAGAAAAUAACAUAUAAUGAUGGAUUUAUAUGAACAAAAAAAAAUGAGUUCCCCCCUUUGUUUUCAACUUAGGUAACUUAUUAUGUAUUAUUUGUUUAUAGACUUAUUCUCAUUAUUCAUUAGAUUGUUUUUUGUGUUUGUAAGUUGUAGCGAUAUGAUUGUAGAUAAUUUACAUAGUUUGGUUUUGUUUUUGUUGGCUGCUGACUGACAUUUGUUAACUAGUGCUCUUAGAGUUAUGAAUAAAUUGUUUGUAAAAUCAUACGUGACAUCACCAGUAAAAAUGAGUCCAGCGGAGGAAAAAAAAUCACAUGUUCAAUUUGCUAGGUAUAAAGCCUCCAUAUCAUUCAUAGCUUCAUUUUUGUUUGAAAAGAAUCUUCACUUUUUCACCUUGUUUUAAGUUUGUUUUAUAAUCCCAUCAUUUGGUUAGAUUUCAAUUUUUGGAGUUAACAUAAUACCUCCGCUAGACUAGUUUUUGCUGACGACUUCACAUACAUGAAUAAAGUGUAAAUACGUAAUAAUAAGUGUUUAUUUUCCCACAAUUAAAUUUUAUUUGCACAUGUUUUUUGUCAUAAUAAUUACUGGGUUUAUGCUGAAAUUACAGAGUGACAUCAAAUAUAAUUCUGAUUUGUCACAUUCUGGCAAUUACCCCAUAAUAAUAUUUAAUGCAUUUUGACUUAGUUCUUGUUUAAUUUGUCUACACAUGUUACAAUAUGUAGUUUCAUUUUUUUAAAUGAUUUGAAUCACAGAUGUUUCAAUGUUAAAUAUUUGAAUCACAGAUGUUUCAAUGUUAAAUAUUUGAAUCAUAGUUGUUACAAUGUUACGGUAAUUAUAUGAAAGUAGAGAUGUUUCAUCGAUAAAUACUUGAAUCACUGAUGUUUAAUUGUUAAAUAUUUAAAUCACAGAUGUUUCAAUGUUAAAUGUUUGAAUCACAGAUGUUACAAUGUUAAAUAUUUGAAUCAUAGUUGUUACAAUGUUAAGGUAAUUAUUUGAAUCACAGAUGUUUCAAUGUUAAAACAUUGACUUGAAUCCCAAUAUUUGAAUUUAUCUAUGAUUUAAGAGACUAAUUGUGAUCCGCUUUUCUGUUUCCAUUGUUUAAUGAAAUAAUGCUGUAGGUUAUGUUAAUAGCUCAAGAAAAUAAACAGUACUUGAUACAUCACAUCAAUACAUAAUUUUUUCUAUUAUUUCUUUGUAAACAUCUUAGUUAUAUUGCAACGUGAAUAAGCUAAACAGAAUAUUCAGUAGUACCUUGCUUGUAGGUAAUUGUCUUUUGGAUAAAACAAAAAAGUAACUUUCAUUUUGUCUGUAAUAUAUUAAUUUUUAAUUCAUGUAUAUUCAGUGGUUAAAUUAUUAUGGUACUAGGGCCAUUAAAGAUAAUAUACAUAGACACUGUACAUAACACAUUAAAUGUAGGAAAUAAUUAUAUUUAUAAAUAUCACAGAUUGAUUUCUCUAAAAGCGCAAAAUUUAUUUUAUACAUGGAUUUUGCUUGAUGUAGAUAUUUUUAAGGGGCUGUAACAUCAAAAUGGGGUGACUAGGUUUGUUCAAAAUUAUCAAGAAAGUCUUACGAGUAUUUUUAAUGGCUCUCUUUUAAAGGCUCUCUAUUUUUAAUGGCUCUCGUACAAAUUGAAUGGUGAUAAAUAUAUGUGAAUGGUAAAAAAAUCAUGGUUAAACCAUUAUUGCAAGUAUUUUGUAUUGGACUGAAAUGCAAUUGGUGCAAAUGCAAUGAAUGUGAGUCAACCACAGUCAGAAGAACUUGAAUCUAGCGAAGCUUAUCGAAGUAGAAAGGAAGUUGAAACGUUGAUUAUGAAUAAAUGAUUUUCUGUACA